GCCGUGCCAGCUGGCGCACAAUCUCGCUCGCGCAUGGCAGCGCUCAUCAUCCUGAUUUCCACUCGAAUCGACAUCGAAAUGGGCCAUCGCGCCCGAGCGUGCGUUGCGGAGAAGCGAGCGAGCCGCGACGAGCGCCUGCGGCGGUUGCUUCCGCGCGCUUGAGUCCGUCGGCUACCGCGCUGUUGCUGCGCGCGCGCCCAUCGAUCGAUGUGACGUGCCUCUCAUCGAGUCGAUCGACACUCCCUCCGCCGCCGCGAUGGCGACGACUUGUGCCGCGCACUCGUACGACCGCACGAAUGACGACGACAUGGAGGCAGCCUUCUUCUAGGGGCUCGCCGCUACCCGGGACGUCGGCGGCAAAAGAGGGCGACGCCAUGCCGUAGCCCGUGGCCGCCGGGCUGCUAGACUCCCCGAGCACCUUCUGCACCCUAGUAGAUUUACCUUAGUCAAAAUCCCUCUCCUACCUUUAGUAAAGUGGAAAGAAAGAAAGGACAUCAAGGGAAAAAAAACCCUUAAAGGCAGACACAAGUGAUUGGCUCUUAACGUGCUUGCUAGCAUGAGUGGAAUGGCGGAAGACCUUGCGGCUUCCGAAGAAGAGCCCGACUACUCGGUCUUUGAAAACAAAACCGGGCUGGCUGAAGACAUGAAGUUUCUGGCAAGCAUGCCUGAACUUUGCGAUGUAACUUUUCUCGUGGGAGACACGAGAGAGCCCGUCUGUGCCGUCAAGGCCGUGCUGGCCGCACGGAGCAGGGUAUUCCACAAAAUGCUGUACGGUGGCUUCCAAGGAGUUCCAAAUCGUGAACGCGAUGCUUCGUCAAAAAAACGAGAUCUGAACAAGGAGACAAAAUUGAAAUUGUUCUUGAAGAGAAGCAGUGAGCCAAUGCUGAACAUACAGUUUCCUCAGCCACAGACACACCAGACUCUGAUCAUAGAAGAGUUUGAGCCUGAUGUAUUCAGGCAACUCAUUGAGUAUAUACACACUGGCUGUGUUACCUUGCAAGCCAGAACACUCCUGGGUUUGAUGAAUGCUGCCGAUUACUAUGGACUGGAAGAAUUGAGAAAGGGCUGCAUGGGGUUUGUCCAAUGCUGCAUUAGCGUUGACACUGUGUGCGCCCUGCUGGCGUCAGCAGAACGUUACAUCCAGUAUAAGUGUACAAAGUCACUUGUCCAGAAGGUGCUUGAAUUUGUGGACAACCAUGGCAAUGAGGUAUUGAGCCUUGGCUCUUUUGCCCUACUGCCAGAGCAUGUUGUGAGGCUCAUAUUGGCACGUGAGGAACUCACAGCUGAUGAGCUCACCAAAUUUCAGGCUGCUGUGCACUGGAGCAAGCGGUACUGUGACACCAUGCCAGAGGCGGAGCUCCGGGAGGUGAUGGGCAACUUUCUCGAGUGCAUCGAGUUCUACAAGAUUCCUGCGGGCGUGAUCAUGCGGGAGGUGCACCCACUGGGCGUGGUGCCAGACCACGUCAUAAUGAAUGCACUCGCCUUCCAGGCAGAUCCCUCCAGCGUCGACAUGAACAAGAUCAGCUCGCCCAACCGCUUCCGCCGAUCCACCAUAUUCAGCGUGUCGCCCCUCAGGUCGAUGUCGAUAGCCGACCCAUCUCCCGCGAAGCCGCCUGAAAGCGACAACCAGAUCAACGCCGAGGUGGACAAGGCCCAAACCAAGACCAGAGGCCGCAGCAAGAGCACCUUCUCCCGGCCCUACCGCCGCAGCAAGACCCUGGCCGAGAGCUAAGGGCCAUCUCCCAGCAGACGAGUGUCUCUCUCAUCCUUCUCCCUCGCUUGACUCACCAUGGUGCACAUUCAUGCUUGGCACUGUCAUGGUCUCGCAGGACUGCUCAGAAUUUGAUGGGUUAGGCGGAGUCUUGAGCAGUGCCUUGCCGCUUGUUUCUUACAGGCACACUGCCCUCUCACCAGUGUCGGACUCUGCAAGCCAAGCUUGCUUGUGGUAGCCAAAAUGUUAGUGAGCCGACUGCUAUUGAACACUCUCCCUUCUGUCUCCUGAUGAUGCAGCUGCUAACUUUUGACUACACCUAAUGGUAGGCAGCAUGCUUUAAUGGCCCACCAGGUGGUCAAUUUAUGAAUGCAGGAAAACCAAAUGUUCCGAGUAAUGCACAUUAUCUGAAAUUUAAAAGCGCUCUUUAAGGCACAUAGUAUUCGGUGCUCUUAAAGAAGCUUUGGUAAACAUGUCUUACUCAAAUUCUUUAGAUUUUCACUUUCUAGCCAUAACUGCAGGCAAAGCCUGUGCUAAGUAUAGUGUAACGAAGUAUACAUAUGCCUAUUCUGAAUUUUAUUUUUAUUUUUUUGCCUGGAGAGAAUGCAGAAUGCAUUAUAAUAGUUUAUUUGGAAAUCUAUUAACAACGAAACAUUUUCCAUCUCUUAGGGCCUUAAUCGUACGUACAGGGUGGUAUGAUACAUGGGCAUGCCUCAUUGAGAGCACUUCAUGACUUACCCAGCAGUGCACGCUGCCUCUUUGACGAAUUUGUAUCCGGCAUCAGUAUGACAGAAGGGAACGAGAAACUAGUGAAUGUAGUGCACUCAAGCAGAGACCACAAUAACAAAGUUAACACAUGGAUGCCUCACAAUUGUUGCUUUAGCGUGACGUCACCUUUGCGUGCACCGCGCACAGUUUUGCAUCAAUGAGCGAGAUACUGCGUGAGAAGAGAGCAAUGCCCAAAGCUUGUUUUCGCGCACAUGGGGAGGAAAUGUGAGCUUGGGGUCAAAGAAGUGAGAAUGUUAUACCAGAGCUGUCUUGUCAUCCACUGUGGUGGGGAACUGGUUCACUAUGUCCCGCAAUAGCUGGCACUUGGGGGACAGGAAGCGAGACGCUCCUGCCUCUUUUUGAGAAAUGUGUAAUCGUUGCAUUUGAUAUAAAUCGCACUUGUGAAGCCUCAUUGUUAGAACACCCAUAUCGCCUUGUCACAAGGGCAUGCUGAAGUUCCUUUAAAGUAACAGAGAAGGAAACUUUCAUCGUCACCGCCAUUAUUUUUUUAGCUAUCCAUGCCCAUGUUACAUGAUCUCCCAAGAUUUCAUCACAAACCGCUGGAGUUUGGGAGGCUUUGCACAAUAUGUGUGGCCAUUAAUGAACACAAUAAUACAGUGCCGCACUAUUUUUACCCAAAAGAACACAUUCAGUAGCUGUCUCUUGCGGAAGAACAGGUUCUGGCAGCACAAAUGCUGCAUUUCACAAAGUACAGUGGUUUUCGUUGUGUUGCUGGCCUUUUUCACAGCACUACAAGUGCUUUCCACUUGCAGCUCAACAUUUAAUGUUACUACGAAACAUUCUAAGGAGUACUUUUACCAGAAAGCUGAGGUUUUGAACCCUCUUGUAAAAACAGAAGAUGAUAAUGUCCCUCCUAUCACCAUCAUUUUCACUAGGGUCCCAUGAAAGCAGAACGUGGCUGGCAGCCAUGGCAUUAGUGUCACUUAUUUACAUUUGCACAUUGUGCACAUUGCACACAAAAAUGCACAUUGGAAUGUGCAUUUUUCUGCCUAAGUAGACAAAGGGAAUAGGAUAAACAUCAAAUUUAGCCAGCUGUGAAUUCUAAAUCUCACUUGUAACUUUCAUUGGCUGUUAGCUGUUCUAAACAUUCUAUCCACUAGCCGUUUAUAUGCUCACCCAUUAAAUAAGCAUUUAAUUUAAAACGACUGAGUGGCCUGUGUGGGCUAUGUAUCCCAUUAAGAAGUCAAGGGCAUGUUUCAUUCUUAUAGGGCUGUUUUCCUCCAUGUUGUUUCCCGAGGUGUUGUAGUUUGAUGCUGCUGCUUAGGUAGCUCUGCUAUGCAUCACCAGGUCACAAACAGUUUGUGUUGUGUACCCCUUCAAUGUAGCUAGCUCUGCAUUUGUUGGAAGUUAACUAUAAAGAGUUAUAAAGAGCAACUAUGUCCGCCACCUUACUGAAGUUCAAGCCCUGCAGCCUCUGCUUAAAGAAAGGCACAGUAGGCUGUCAUCUCGCAUGCUUAAAAUUAUUUUUUACUCAUUACUAACGAGCCUACACACUUCGCCGCCGCGAAGUGAGUUCGCCGAACACACUCGCUGGCGAGCGCGCUCUGCAGUGAGUGUCACUAAGCGUUCGCGUGUAGCAGCCGGCGAAUGACACUAGCUGCGAAGUGCAUUCGCUCAAAGUGCACUUUACUUUGCCCGUGUGGCAUGGGUAUUACACUGGCAAAGUAAGUGUGACGUCACUUACAUGUGAAUGUAGUUGUAAUAUUAGAUUGUUAAGUGAGUUGUGCACUUUGUUUCGAGUACUGUAAUUACUUCCAGCAAUAUUUAUGGGACAGUUAAACAACCAACAUAGGGAAGAGAAUUAUGUACAAGGCAGUGAUUCAUCUCCUGCCAAACACAUGUAUUAUGACAGGCGAUGAAAGAACAGUAGGACCCAUUCUAUUUCCAUUCACUGUUAUGGACACGUGAAGUGUUUAUGCUGCAGAGCUUAUACUAUAUAUAUAUAUAUAUAUAUAAUUUGUAAGUUUUUGCAACAUUUUUAACACUAGCAUUAUCAGAAAGCAGAGAAUGUUUGUUGCAUUAGAUAUUUCUACAAUGUGGAAGCCACUGAUAACAGUACUGAUUCAGUCACCUGUGAUUAUAGAGCUGUUAAAACCCCCCAAAACUGACCUAUAACUUUACUCUUAUUUACAGCUGAUAUACUAUCUGUUACAAAAUUUCUAGUGACUGAAGCACUCAUUGCUAGACAUGACUAAAGCCCUGUGACAACGCUGUGGUCACCAGGGGAUAGAGGUACCAAGGAUUGAUGAAAUCUGUAGAGAGCAUGUUAUAGAAACCUAAGGUUAUUGAAAUUUUUAGGCUGCUAUAGGUCUCGGCACCCAACAAGCAUAUCAACGUCAGCAGGGCACAGUGCCAUCACUUCUUGUUCGGUCUGAUCGUGAGUGUUUUGGCCUGGGAACUUUUGCGACAGGUAGUACAUAUAAUUUAUGUUUUCACUGCACACGUUGUUUUAUAAUGUUCCUACUUGGAAGGCGAUUGCAUUUGUGCAGUUUCAUUGCUCAUUAAUUCAUUCUUUAUAAAUGUUGACAUCUAAAAUACACUCUAAGGUCCUGACCUGCAUGCAGUGCUAUUAUUAUUGGUCAAAAUGUGACAUUUUCGAUGGAGGCGAAAUGUAAAAAUGCCCGUGUGCUUGCGUUGUAGUGCACGUUAAAAAACCCCAGGUGGCCAAAUUAAUCCGGAGCCCUCCACUACGGCGUGCCUCAUAAUCAGAACUGGUUUUGGCACGUAAAACCCCAGAAAGAAAAGAAGAAAGACAUACAGUCAUGUUUGUGUAGCACUGUUAUGAGCAAGGGCAAAAUUCCUUUAGCAUACUAGAACUUCCCAUAGGGCAGCCAGAAAUCAAUCUAUGUAAGAUACAGAGUUUGUUGCCAAGAAAGCUAUAUUGAGCACAAUCUUCUGUUCAAUGGACUUGGGAUUUUCCACAGUGGCAAGACAUUGCUCUGCAGUGAUUGUCAGUGCAGUCCGUGAAAUAUAUCUUCUGUAACACAUCACUGGGCCUCUAUGUGUGUUUCUCUAUAUUAGCGGCAUAUGGCAUUGUCAGCAUGUUUUUCCCACACUUCCACUGAUGUUGUUGAUAACCCACUGUGUUGAAGCUAACAGUGUCAGAGUUUUAUAUGUUCUAGCACAGAAACCCACCCAUUUCUAAACACAAAGAUUGCUCAAAGUUCACCGUGCACCUUCCACAGCAUGUCACCAUUUGAAGAGCAUGUGAAAAACCAGUGUUGAUCUGUAUGCCCUGUGCCCCUGGAAGUAAGAUGCUUGGAACGGGGUUCCAGCAUUAAUCAUCACUCGUAUAGUAGUUGUACAUCAACAGUGCACACUGCAGCAAGUAUUACAGCCACAUUGAGGACAAACCUUAUAGUUUCUAAAAAAAAAAAAAUUCUAUUUUUAAAUCUGUUAUACCUCACAUACUUAUAACCAGGUUUGUCAUUCAGAGAGAAUAUGCAUAUAUAUAUAUAUAUAUACAUAUAAUGUAUACUGGUUGUAGUUAAUUGCCUUAAUCGGAAGCUCUUCAAUAUGCUGUGAUACAGUAAUGUCCUGCAGUGUUUGGUAUGUCUGCAGAUGUGUUAUCACUGACUAGAUUUGCAGAAAGAGAUACUAUUUAAAAGCAAACAGAAACAUACUUGAGGCGUCUUCCUGCCAGCAUUAAGUGUUCAGCCCUCAUUCAGAUCAGUGGUCGUUCCUGUAGAAUACAUGUGUGCCAUUGUUCAUGCUAGCCUGUUGUGACUGUGUCAUUUAAGUAGCUCUGUUAGUUUGGCGAGCUGCUGAAGCAGUUCACGCAGACAAGGACUCAAAAGUGAUAAACAGUAGUUGCAUUAGAAAAGCCCCCCUUAGAUGUCUUUGCACUUUAACAUAGCAGUUGCUCUCGUUGACAAGGAAUAUUCUUUUUAGUAAUUUGUACAAUUUGUACCUUCUCUGCUGCAGAAAGGCAACACUUGCUUCUACUUUUUUGCCAUGAGCAUUUAAGCAUCUUCUCCUUUUAUGAUGGGUAUCUGGCAGCAAGAAUCUUAACCAAGCAUUCUUUGUACAUCAUGGUAAAGCUAACAAUAGCAUAAUGCUUGGCAAAGCUGCUGCAAUAUAUCUGUGGCACAUAUAAGUCCACUAGGUAUUAUGAGAGCAUUAUUUCAAACCGUUUCAGAAUGUGCAUGCACCAUCUGAGACCUUGGUUAUCCCUUAAACCCUCCCUCCACAGCCUCUUGCCACCAAGCAAAAUUUUGAGAGGACUGUGGAAAGUGGCAGCUGUUGUCAGAUGUUGUUACAAUUGCUCGACUCAGAUUAUGUCAAAAAUACUUCAUAGCUUGUUGCAGAAGAGCAUGCUCUUGUCAUUUGUUGUUAAAACUGUCAUCGUGUUAUUGCUGUGCUGAUGACUGUAACCCCGCGGACUGUUUUAUUGUGAGGCAUACCCUGUUCGUCCAAGUGCUUGUCAAGUAAUGCUACGAGCCGCUGUGCUUUAACGAACAGCAUAGCAGAAUAUAAACAUUAUCCGCCAAUAUGAAAAGCACAAGCUCUAUGCACAUAGAAGUUGUGGCAGUGUAGUAUGUUCAUUGUUCCGCCCUUUGGCAGCAUCCUUCACCAGUUUUCUCCCGUGUGAACACACGUUUGUAGUAGCCCAAUUGUCAUGGUCUGUCCCUCAGAAAUGUAUUUUUGUAAAUGUGAGGGUAACAAUAAAAUGUGUCUAUUGAAGUC